AAACGUGAGCGAGUCAUUUUAAAAAGAGAUUUUAUAAGAAGUGCAAGACAAAAAAUAAUUUCUAAAGCUAAAAAGAAAGUUAAAAGUUAAUUAACAAAUUAAAUAACCGGAAUUAAAUUUGAGAAUUAAAAACAAAAAUUAAAAAGAUCUUUCAAGAUAACAAUACAAGUGGGUUGCUCGCAUUCAAUUUAAUUGGAACAGUAAUCGCAGUCGAGGUCAUCACUUGGAAUAUCUAUUAAAAAAAUAAGCAUUAUCCCUAAUCAAUUAAGAUACAAAAAUGGGAAAAGACUUUUACAAAAUCCUUGGAGUCGCUAAAGGCUCAUCAGAUGACGAGAUCAAAAAGGCUUACCGUAAAUUAGCACUUAAAUAUCAUCCAGACAAGAAUAAGACACCAGGUGCUGAAGAGAAAUUCAAAGAAGUUGCAGAAGCUUACGAAAUCCUCUCAGAUAAAAAGAAACGUGACAUUUAUGAUCAAUUUGGAGAGGAAGGAUUGAAAGGAGAUCCAGGUACAGGUCCAGGAGGUGCAGGUGCUGGUCAAGGAUUCACAUAUCAAUUCCAUGGUGAUCCACGAGCAACAUUUGCUCAAUUCUUCGGCACAAAUGAUCCAUUCUCAAUAUUCUUUGGAGACGAUCGAGGUGGAUUUGGUGGAAUGGACUUUGGACAUGAUGGUGACGACAUAUUUGCACAAAUGGGCGGUCGACAUGGUGGUGCUUUUAGAUCUCAAUCAUUUAACAUGCAGGGAACACCACAAGCAAAGAAAAUGAAAGUUGAUCCACCUGUUGAGCACGAUUUGUUUGUGUCACUUGAAGACAUCAACACAGGAUGUAGUAAAAAGAUGAAAAUUUCAAAAAUGGUUGUGCAGCCUGACGGAUCAGCCAGAAAAGAGGAGAAAAUACUACAAAUUAAUAUUAAACCAGGAUGGAAAGCAGGCACAAAGAUCACAUUUCCUAAAGAAGGUGACCAAAUUCCUGGAAAAGUUCCUGCCGACAUUGUCUUUAUCAUCCGCGAUAAGCCACAUGGGCAUUUCAAGAGAGAAGGCAGUGACAUUAAAUAUACAACAAAAAUCACCCUUAAACAAGCUCUGUGUUGUGCUGGAAGUUGGCAACUUCGGAUUCCAACAUUAACUGGAGAAGCAGUUCCAAUUAACAUCAGUAAUGAAGUCAUUAAACCAAAUUCAGUCAAAAGAUUACAAGGACGUGGUUUGCCGUUUCCCAAAGAGCCAACAAAGCGUGGUGACAUAAUCGUCAAUUUUGAAAUUCAGUUCCCUGACAAUCUAUCAAAGAAUGCACGAGAAAUACUGAAUGAUGUGUUACCUUAAAAUGUGAUCUGUGAGAAUGUGAAUGUGUGGAUGAAUGACGAAUGACUUUAGAUUGUAAGAUGAUAUUAGUUUGUAAGGAAAUAAAAGUUUGACUAUGGAAAUAUUUUCAGAAUAUUUUGAUGAAGUUGAUCAGUCAGCUGACUAGGCAUCCGUUAAGUAGCUUAAAGUACAUCCAUAAGAUUCAUUAAUUAACAAAAGACUGUUAAACAAUUUUAAAUUAUAAAUAAAUAAACUAAAACAACCUUGACAACUGCUUAAGGUUGUGAAAUAUGACAAAUCUAAAACCAAGCA